AUAAAAUAAAAAAUAAUAAAAGAAAGGGAACCCUCAAUCCUUUCACCAUCGUCUUCACGUCGUCUCCUCCUCUCUUUCAGCAGCUCAGAGUCGUCGCCGCCGCCGCCUCUGUGUUUCUUCCGCUCGUGCCUCCCCAUCCUCCCUCUUAGAGGGUUUGCACUGAUUUUGUACUCUCUUGCUGUUUCUGCAUCAAGGGAGAAGAGAGCUGAUGGUGGAAGUAUGGUGGUCGCUAUUGGGGGCAGCUAUUCCAGCAGUAGUUGCAGGGCAAGCAUACAGAAUGAGGAGGAGGCAUUCUGAGGAACAGAGAAUAAGGACUGCUAGGGGAAGGGAGAAAAACUCAGAUGACAUUUUUGUUUGUGAGAGGGUCUGCACAUCAAAGAGAAUGUUGAAAAAGGUAGGGUCUUUCUCAAAAGACCCAAUUCCCGAUACUUGCGUGACUGUCUGUGGAUUAUCCGAACUUGAUGCCUGCACAGAUGCAUGUGCUCGCACUGUUUGUGUGAACCAGCAUCAAGUACCAAACUGGAAUGACGUUUGUCUUAGGAGAUGCCAGAGUGAAUGUCUUAAGCUUUCUGCUUUUCAUUCAUCUUAGUGAAAUGAUGUGAUGCGUAAAUAAUGCAGUUUUUCUAGUAUUGCAUUUUGGAUUGUGAACAUUGGCCUAAAACUUUUGGCUUUCUGGAGAGACGAUACGAAAUGUUUUUCUCAAUCUACCCAUGUUUCGCUUGUUACACAAUGUUGCUUCUUUAAGAUUUCAAA